GGUUCUAUAUUCCGUCUCUAGCUUUCUUUACUAUGUCUGUCUUCUGUAUAAAAACACAGACUUGUCAAUUGUUUUACAAGUGUAGAUCCCAUCAAGUGAAUUAGGAACUGUUUCUCAAGUAAUACAAAAUGGGAGUAGCGGAUGAGACUGACAGGACUCUCUUCGUUGGAAACCUGGAUCCGAAAGUGACGGAGGAACUUUUAUUCGAGCUAUUUUUGCAGGCAGGACCUCUCUACAAAGUGAAAAUCCCAAAAGAUAAUGAUGGAAAACAGAAGGCUUUUGGAUUUGUCUGUUUCAAACAUGAGGUUUCCGUACCCUAUGGCAUGAACCUGCUCAAUGGGGCAACUCUGUUUGGAAGAACUCUCAAAAUCCAGUUCAGAGCAGGAAGCAGUCACACUAACAACCCUCCGAACUUUCAAAAUAAAAGCCCUAUGAAUACUCCAAGUCCACAUGGGUCUGGGAGCAGGUAUGACAAGAGCCCUGACCAGAUGGGCUCCCCAUCAUUUUCACCCCCUCAGCACAUCCAGAGGUCCUUCUCCUCGCCUGAUAGUCUGCAGAGACAGGCCCUGAUGAAUAACGCGUGGCAACUACAGAUGCAGCAGAUCCAACUCCAAGGGUUAAAUGGAGUCAUCCCAGCUUGUGGUAACGGGCUCCUGGGGCAGCCCCUACAGCAUCAGCGUGGCGGUGGGCUCUGUCAACAAGACAGCUCCUCACCGAGAGGCAGCAGCCACUACAGCAGGGACCCGCACUACUCAACAGGCUCUGAUGACACCGGCUCCAGUCGCCACCACCGCAGCCAGCGAGGUGACCAUUAUCACCAUGACAACAGGAGUGAAAGUGGCCGCAGCAGAGAUGACAGGUGGAGGGACAGCUCAAGAGAUAGCCGAUGGCGACGAUACUAAAGCCGUAUGGGAAUUUAAGAACUGUAUUCAGUACAUUUUGAACUUCCUAAAAGGCAUUUUAAUUUUUUAAUAAGAUUCUUCAAAUACAAUGUAAAUCCUGAGCUAAAUGGAACUACAAAUUUAUUGACUGAGGAAAAAAAAAAAAUGCUCAGGAUGUUCUUAACAAUUGGUUUACGGAGGAUGUUGAUACUUAAAAAAUGAUCUGGAUUGUGUCCAGGUAAAAACAAAACAUUUAUUUGGUUAUAUAGUUGGAUGCAUUCUUUUUAUACCUGUGGGGUUUAAACAUUGUUUUAAUUUGAUUUGAAAAAUUUAUAGAUGUAAGAUUUUCAUACCCUUUUGGCAGUCAUUGUUUUGGGGAGGAUUUAUAUUUGUUUUCUAUAUAUGAGAAAAGUCGUCAUUUGUCAGGAGUUUGUAUUACUCUGCAAAUAUCCUUUUUAUAACAUUUGUUAUGCCCUGCAAUGGCAAAGCAUAGUAACUACAAAUUUGGUGAAACGUUUUGUUGAAUUGGAAAAGUUUAUUACAUGAUUGUAGUGUUUGUGAAACAACAAGCCAAUUACAGAGUAUUAAGACAGGAUUGCUGAAGGGGGUAGGGAAAUAAGACUCUUGUAGGGCAGUGUGGUGCUCAACUGUUUCAAUUGCUCAGGUAUUUUAAAUUUUUUAAGAAUUUUGAACUUUAUUUGGAAUUUGGAACAUGUUUUUGUUAUGAAACCAAUUUUAACAGCAGCAACUGUUUUAUACAACUAGCUUUUUGCAGCAUCCCUUUUUAAUUUCAACUCUGUAACAUUCAAUGCACAAGUGAAAUGUUUGUAUGAAAAAUUGGCAUAAAAAUCAUGUCAGUA